GAAUUAAUAACUUAUUUUUGUUUAAUAAAUUAUUUAUUAAAUGGCUGAAAUUGUAUUAAGUGAUGAUAUAAUUGAACAAAUAAAAGAUUUUCGACAUCAUUACUUGACUGAAGAACAAGAAUCGUUAAUUGAUAAACUAAUAACAGACAAAAAAUUAAAAAAAUGUUAUAAAAAAAAUGGUUUAUGUAAAAAUUGUAAGCAGCCUAAGAGGCUUCAUUUUUUGUGUAGUUAUUGUUUAUUUCAACAAAAUUUCAAAAAUGGAACAAGUGGAAAUCAUGACGUUGACGAAUUUAUUAAAAAAGCACAAUUGGAAGCUGAACGUCUGGAUCAAAUCGUAGAGUGGAUUGAAUAUGAUAAAUUUGAAGAUGUUGAAUAUUUAGCAAAAGGGGGAUUUGGUACUACUUUUAAAGCAGUUUGGAAAGAUGGUCCUAUAUUGAGUUGUGACAAUAAUCAAUGGAGAAGAGAAAGUGAAACAAAAGUUGCUUUAAAAUGUUUAUAUAAUUCACAAGGCAUUACAGCAGAUUUUUUAAAAGAAGUUAAAUCAAAUAUUUUAGUAUAUUGUUCUGGUUAUACAGUUCGUUGUUUUGGUAUUACCAAAGAUCCAAAAACAAAUAAUUUUAUGAUGGUAAUGGAAUUUAAAAAUGGUAGUUUAAGACAACAUUUAAAUGACAAUUUUAUUUCACUAAAUUGGAAGCAAAAAUUGUGGAAUUUAUAUAGUAUUACAGGUGGUCUUAAAGAUAUUCAUGAUAAAGGAUUAAUUCAUCAUGAUUUUCAUUGUGGGAAUAUAUUAGGCAAUUUUAAUAAGAGUUCUUUUAUUACUGAUUUGGGAUUAUGUCAACCAGCAAAUGUCAAAUCCUCUCAAAAUAGUAAUAAAAAAACAUAUGGAGUAUUACCUUAUGUAGCACCAGAAGUUUUAAGAGGAAAAGAAUAUACACAAGCUAGUGAUAUUUAUGGAUAUGGAAUUAUUGCAUACGAAAUUUGUACAGGUUUUCCUCCUUAUUAUGAUAUAGCUCAUGAUGAUUUCUUAGCAAUGAAAAUUUGUAAGGGGUUGAGGCCAAAGUCUAAUUAUGAAAUUCCUCAAUUAAUUUUUGACAUCAUUAAUCAAUGUUGGGAUGCAGACCCUUUAAAACGACCUAAUGCACGUGAAUUAUAUACGUUAUUUUAUAGUUUAUGGUAUGAUUGUAAAAAAAGGGAUUCUGUAAUUUAUAGGCAAGUUGAAGAAACAGAUGAUAAUAAUAAAAAGUUAUUAUCUUCAAUGGUUCAAUCACCAUUAUCAACUACUAGUAAUCUCUUAUAUACAACACACUCUCAAGCAGUUUAUACAAGUAAACUUUUGGAUUUUAAAAAUCUUCCAGAACCCAAAAAUGCGGAUAAUGAUGAUUUAGAAUAUUCAGAUUCCUUAAAAAUGGAUUUUACUAAACUUAAUAUUAAUUCUAAAGAAGAAAAUUAAAACCUAUUUACUUUAAUUGAAAAUAUUUAGUAUAUUAAAAAACAACAUCAGAUAUAAUUUUAUUUUGAACUAGAGCGAGGAUAUUUUUUAAUAUUAUUUUGGAAAAU